GGCGGCGGUGAGAGGGGUCAGGGAGGGUCCUGAGAGCUGUGAGAAGGAUUUUGGUGGAUAGAGCCUCACCUGAGCCAUGGCCACACRCCUCAGAUCGGCUGGCAGGAGCUGCACUGUGAUCGGGGGUUCAGGCUUCCUGGGGCAGCACAUGGUGGAGCAGCUCCUGGCCAAGGGCUACAGCGUCAACGUCUUCGACAUCCAGCAGAGGUUUGAGAAUGACAGAGUGACCUUCUUCCUGGGAGAUCUGUGUGAUAAGGAGGCUCUGCUCCCAGCCCUGCAAGGCGUGUCCRUGGUGUUCCACUGUGCUUCACCAGCACCUUCCAGUGACAACAAGGAGCUCUUUUAUARGGUGAAUUUUAUGGGAACCAAAGCAGUCAUCGAAGCCUGCAAAGAAGCUGGAGUGCAGAAAUUGGUGCUAACCAGCAGUGCCAGUGUUGUUUUUGAAGGCACAGACAUAAAAAAUGGCUCAGAAGAUCUCCCUUAUGCCCAAAAACCUAUUGAUUACUACACAGAGACCAAGAUUCUGCAGGAGAAGGAGGUGCUCAGUGCAAAUGACCCUGACAACAAUUUCUUCACCACUGCAAUCCGUCCCCAUGGAAUAUUUGGUCCCAGAGACCCUCAGCUGGUUCCCAUCCUCAUCCAGGCAGCUCGGAGUGGCAAAAUGAAGUUCAUCAUUGGGGAUGGAAAGAACUUGGUGGAUUUCACCUAUGUGGAAAACGUGGUCCAUGGGCACAUCCUGGCUGCAGAAAGGGCCAGCACAGAGCCAAAUCUGGGAAAUCCAUCGUGGUGUCAUCACCUGGCUUCUCCUCUCCCUCUCUUGCAGGCCUUCCACAUCACCAACGAUGAACCAAUUCCCUUCUGGGCUUUCAUGUCCCGGAUCCUGACYGGCCUGGACUACGACCCUCCCAAGUACCACAUUCCCUACUGGCUGGCCUAUUACCUGGCCCUGCUGCUGUCCCUGCUGCUGGCCCUGCUCAGGCCCCUGGUGACCAUCAAGGCCACCUUCACACCCAUGAGGGUGGCUCUGGCUGGGACAUUCCACUACUACAGCUGUGAGAAGGCCAAGAGGGCCAUGGGCUACAAGCCYGUGGUGAGCCUGGACGAGGCCAUCGCCAGGACUGUGCAGAGCUACCCCRCCCUGCGCAGGGCCAGGGCCUGAGCAGCCCUGCUGCCACUGUGUCCUUCUGCAUUUUUGUCAUUAUUUAUCACUUAGCAGGGACAUUGAACCAAAUGUCACCAAUUCCCAGGAAUGGGGAGUUUUCCUGAAGCCUCUCCUCCUCCUCCUGGCUGUUCUCUCGAUGGAAGCCCCUCACGUGGGAGCUGUGCUAACAGUUCAUUUCAUGGAUGCCACUUCUUGUUUGGACACAGCUGCUGAACUCUCUGGACURUGAAUAAACAUCCUGCUGUGCCCUCUGCAAUCCCAACCGGGCACACCAGCAUUCCUGCUCUCCUCCCUCCACCCUUGGCCCGUGUUUUGUUGCUCUGGUGACAGCAGCCACCUCUUCCCAGAGCUGCAGGCUGGGUAACAAAYACUUCCCAUGGCUGGGUCCCCUCUCGGUUUUGGCUCUGCUCUCAGCCAGAGAGGCCAAAAAGGAGUGCUGCCACCACCUCUUAAAUCAUUGCAGCUCUUUUGGUUUUCCCUCCAUGAUUAGGGGGUGUGCUGCCUCCUCACUGAGGCAGCAGAGGGAGCCCAUAAGGAGUGGGUUCAUUUGUCCAUACAGGAUUUAUUUCUGUUCCAGAAGAACCCAAAUAAAUCACAGAGAUGAGUUUCCAGUUUGUGUUCCAUCUCUGAAAGGGCAGAUCCCACUCUCAACACAAACAGGAUCUUCAUAAUUCCCUUUUUGGGGGGCAGAGAUCUUUGGGAGCUGCCUGACAGCAGCCCUAGCACUGUCUUYCCAUAACUCCCUUCCCACAAGAGUUGCAGUGGCUGAAGAUCCUACAACACAAAGCUCCUCCUCCCUGCCCUGUUAUUGCUGUCAUGGGGAUUUUUGGUGCUUGGAGCACUUAGUCCAUGAAAAAACCUUUUUUCCACAAGGAAAUGGAUAUAAAGCAAUGGUCCCCAAGCCUGUUUCCUUGAACAUAUAUAUUAAAUGUUCUUUACCUUCUAAUCUUUCUAAGCACUUCAGCUCUGGUUUGGUUUUAAAUGAGGAGUUUAGGUUCAAGCUGGCAUUUCCCCCUGUGCAAAUUCCUGGCUCCAUGGGAGUUCUGUUGUUUCAGAUUUCACAAGGAUGGGAAGUGCCUCAGUUACAGAAUUAUGGAAUCCCAGAAUGGUUUGUGUGAGAAGGGACCUUAAAGCUCACCCAGUGCCACCCCUGCUAUGGUCAGGGACACCUUCCCCUGUCCCAGGCUGCUCCAAGCCCUGUCCAGCCUGGCCUUGGRCACUGCCAGGGAUCCAGGGACAGCCACAGCCUCAACCACAACGAGCCUUAACCUAAUCUGUGAGCUCUGUGUGCUGCUAUAGUCCAAUUAAAUUGGUUUUAUUUUAACUUCUGGCUGUUUCCUGGGAAGAUUUAUGUUGGUCUUUUUUUCCUGGGGAUUUUUAUUUGCAGCUUAACAGCUUAUUUGACCAAGCUCAGCCUUGCUUGGUCUUGAACACUGACCAGUUGCUUGGGGCAGCUCAUACCAUUCUGGUUUGCACUGGUCAGCCCCCCUGGCCUGCUGGGAGCAGUGGUUGAAGAUCAUACAGCACAGAGCUCCUCCUCUUUGCCCUGUUAUUGCUGCUCACAGGGAUUUUUUGUAUUUGGACCACUUAGUCCAUGAAAAAAAACUUUUUUUUUCCAUAAGGAAAUCAAUAUAAAGCAAUGGUCCCCAAGCUAUUUCCUUGGACAUGUAUAUUAAAUGUUCUUUGCCCUCUA